AUGACUGACCGAAAUGGGGAACACGACGUAAGUACACGUGACUGUCAAAGUGAUUCUGAGCACUCUGACAGUGAAAAGAGGAAGUACUACAUAAGUCAAUCUCUGUUUGAAUCGCUACAGGCGAAGGGUUUCAGUGAAAACGCAAUUAAAAAGUCUAUAGUAGCGGGUUGUGUGGAUGAAGGUACCUGCACACAGUGGAUAACAAUGCACGAGGAUCAUCCCGAGCUCAAUACACCUCUGGAGGAGGGGGUGGAGGUUGUGGUAAGGGUGAAAAGGGUGCUGACUGAAGCGGAACGGGAGGCAAAGGUGCAGGAACUUCGCGGGAAAGCACGAGCCAAGAUGGAGGAGGAAAAGAGACAGGCCCUGGAGGAUGAGCGCAAACGAGUUUCCAUGGGCAGAAAGGCUAUCGAGGUGAAGGAAGAACUUGAUAAGAUCCGAAGGGAAGCGGAGCUUGAAGCCGUUCGGAAGCAGAAGCAACAGGACCUCGCCGCCCGCCGCCGGGUCAGGAUACAAAUUCUCACGGACAAGUUUAUUCGCGAGGGUUCCAUGCCUGAGGAGGCAAGACGGAAAGCGGAGGAGGAAAUUGAAGAAGAGGCACGUAAAAAGCGUGAACAGGCGUUAGCUCAGGUGGACAUGGAGCAGUGGCAACAUGGCACGUCGCAAACGGGAACUGCCCCUACGGUAUGGAACCUUCAGAGCUUGGCGGCACCGCCUCCUGUAUCAUUGGAUGAGGUGUUCACCAACGAGCCUCCCAUGGCUGCCUCUUCCCUUCCGGAACUCGCCGCUGCAGUAGCAAAUUUUAAUGACGCCGUCACGGCACAACAAUGCUUAAAGAUGCUUCGAACAAUUUUAACGAAUAUUCGUGACAACCCGUUCGACACAUCAAAACGGUUGCUAAAAACAUCUACGAAUGCUUUCUGCACCAAGUUGGCUCCUGUACGGCCGGCUCUCCAAUUGCUUCGUGUUUGUGGAUUUCGACUCGGUGUUGAUUUUGGCGGAAAUGAAGUGAUCACUGCCACCACAAUGGUGGUUCGUGUUGUUAAUCGCGCACUCGCAGCGCUAUCCAGUUAUCCGUGA